AUGAGUUUAAUAUCUCAAAAUGCUCUAUCUAAUAAUGAGACCAAAAAGAAAGAAGAUAUUGAUGGGAAAGAGGAUGAGGUUGAUGCCUUGGAAUUGAAAAAGCGGAAGCGAGAUGAGAAGGAAGAACAGUUGGCGAUAGAACAAGUUAAAGAAAUGAAAAAACUGGAGAAUUUUUUGUUCGGGUCUCUCUAUUCCCCUCUUGAAUUUCGGAAGGGGGAGGUUGAUGAAGUGGAUGUCGGGAUUGCGGAUAAGGCGUCUGAUUUGUUCUUCACGGAUCGUUCUGCAGAUAGCGUCCUCACUGUUUACCAAGAAGAUGCUGAGUUCUCAGAUGGAAGUUGUGAUAAUGAUGAUAGAAAGCCGGUGUGGGUGGAUGAGGAAGAAGAGAAAGUCACUGUGAACAUAGCUAAAGUCAACCGAUUAAGGAAGCUAAGGAAGGAGGAGGACGAGAAUUUGAUAUCUGGUUCGGAGUAUGUGGCAAGAUUGAGGGCUCAACAUGUGAAGCUCAACCGAGGAACUGACUGGGCGCAGCUUGAUUCAGCGUCAAAAAUGGAUGAAUCUUCUGAUGAUGAUUUGACAGAUGAUGAAAAUAAAGCUGUUGUGAGCCGAGGUUAUGUGGACGUGGAUGUGGAUGAUAUUCUCAGGACAAAUGAAGACCUGGUUGUGAAGAGCAGCUCAAAAUUGUUGCCGGGACACAUUGGAUACUCGAGACUUAUUGAUGCAAAUAUACAAGAUCCUUCUAAUGGCCCCAUAAAUUCGGUUCAGUUCCAUCGAAAUGGCCAGCUGCUUCUCGCCGCUGGAUUAGACCGGAAGCUUAGGUUUUUUCAAAUUGAUGGAAAACGGAACACCAAAAUUCAAAGCAUCUUUCUCGAAGACUGCCCGAUUCGAAAAGCGUCUUUCUUGCCUGAUGGGUCUCAGGUGAUAAUAUCAGGAAGAAGGAACUUCUUUUACGGUCUUGAUUUAGUUAAGGCUAGAGUUGAUAAAAUCGGUCCACUGUUGGAUAGGGACGAGAAGAGUUUGGAAGUUUUCGAGGUCUCUCCUGAUUCUAAAAUGAUAGCGUUUGUUGGUAAUGAAGGUUAUAUUUUACUGGUUUCAGCUAAAUCAAAGCAAUUACUUGGUACUCUGAAGAUGAACGGAACUGUUCGAGCAUUAGCAUUUUCCGAAGACGGGCAAAAAUUGUUGAGCACUGGUGGCGAUGGCCACAUUUACCAUUGGGAUCUGCGAACAAGGACUUGUAUACACAAAGGUGUGGAUGAAGGCUGCAUAACCGGCACAGCCCUUUGUACUUCUCCGGUUGGGACACAUUUUGCUGCUGGUUCAGACAGCGGAGUUGUGAAUAUUUACAAUAGUGAGGAGUUUCUCGGUGGAAAGAGAAAGCCUAUCAAGACCAUUGAUAACCUGAAUUCUACGGUGGAUUUCAUGAAAUAUAAUCACGACUCUCAAAUAUUAGCAAUCUGUUCAACAUUGAGAAAGAGCAGUUUGAAAUUAAUACAUAUACCAUCCUAUACUGUUUUCUCUAACUGGCCGAAAUCAAAUACGAGCCUGCAUUAUCCUCGAUGUAUUGAUUUUAGUCCAGGUGGUGGUUUUAUGGCUGUAGGAAACGCUUCAGGCAAAGUGUUGUUGUAUAAGUUGCACCAUUAUCACCAUGCCUAA